CCUCCUCCUAACAUUCUGAUGCUGGGCUAGUGUGUGUGAAUUAAUUUCGCAAAUUUCCGUGAAUAUUGUUCACGACGAUCCAGCGUCAAGUCGUCGAUCAUUGUGAAAGUACUCCACAGCUUGUCGCUGUGGACGACGACUAAACGUAAAACGCUCACGUUUAUUUGACUGUUUCACUCACUUUUUCGCUCUUGUAUUCUCAAGACCUUACACAUUAAUAGUCUCCGACGAUUUGCUCCCACUGAGGAACUCUCAGCUGCCAAAAUGUCACGUACCAGCUCAACACUUGAAACGUCGAGCACUUCAUCACCAUUAUUUACAUCCUCUUUUCCUGGUGCUCCUACCAGUACCGGCAGUGAUAGUGGUAACAGUGACGAACCCAGCUUAACCUCGAGCGCUGCCUUAUACCUUUACACCUUUCUUGCUACACUCGUCGUUCUCCUUGCUGUCUCAUCCGCCAUUGUUAUUCGCAGCCUCGUACUUCGACGACGCCACCAACGCAUCGUAGAAGAAGCUAUCCGAGCAGGUACAUGGCACCCUCACCAACCAUAUAAUCCCAGAGGGAGUCGCAGGCGAAGAGACAUUGGAAAGAAACCUAAGUUGUGGGAAGCAUGGCUCCACAGUGGUGAUGAAGAGGGUCUAACCGACAGCAAAUGUACUUGGGAUGACAUAAUGCCCGUCUACGCCGCUCAUAUUAGAUCUGCCCCAACUCCACGAUCCCCGAGGCCAGAGUCACCCCAAAUCCAAACUGACGCGUCGUCUCGCACGAUCCGCUUCCUACGACCUUUCCGUACACCAUUUUCACCAGCACUAAUGACAUCUCCAAUUGUCCCUUCUACACCUGUAUCUUCAUCUCCGUCAACAUCGGCACCGCCUGCCGUAAGCGUAGCUGUCCUCAUUGCAAUGCCCACACCAAAACAUGCACGGGAGGCAGACAGACCACCUGUCAUUGAGCUUGGUGUUGUUGACGUCCCUCUUCGGGACACGAGCCCAAGCGGUGACCACCCAUAACAGGCACCCACACUGCUUCGUACAUUGUAUGAAUACAUGUAUACUUAUUGUUUUUAGCGCUUGUACCUAAUACUACAACAUGCUACGUCAACAUGUCGCAUAGAUGUUAUGUACUUACUGGCUGCCACCUCGUCGAUAUGCAUUCUGACGAAAUGCAAUAUACCAUCACUUACGUAGGCGUUGAUCCGUCCGUUCGUCCCUAACAUAGCUUUCUUGAUCAAUGUGGCGUGUCAAUGCUUUCUGGGAUGGUCGCCGUCGUGUGCUCCUAGCAAUUGGAUGGUCUGAUCGAGAGUGGUAAAGUUCAUGAAUCCAAACGAUGGACCAGCUUCCUGGUGACUGCUCGGGUGCUGUUAUCUUAUCAAUGCGCGAACAUGCUUCAGCCGCG